AUGCUCUCCGAGCUCAUUAUCGCUGGAACACUCGUCAUCAACGCGUUCGCUGUUCUCAAUUUUAAUUUAUCAAAAAGCCCAGAAAACGCAUUCGGAGUCGUCGAAACCAACCAAACCGAUUCGCUUGGCGAUAAAAUUCGUAAUUUCCUGAGGUCUCUGCAAUACUUCCGUGUCUUCGUUGCUAUCUGGAAUAUCUUCAUCAUAUUUUUGAUGCUCGUCUUCUUCUCUCAUUAA